ACUCUCAACGCUCUUCUUCUCUCUCUUCUGUCGCUCUCCGUUUUAAACCUCAUCAAUCAUUUGAAAGAGAGCGAUCCACCGAUCCUCAUCAAUAUUUCUCAAAUCUUUGGAUUCCUUGAAGUUUUACUGAACGUAUGUUUCAAAGAAAGAUACGCCUGCUUCUGGUUCCCCGGUUUGAACGAAGGCUCUUGAUUUGAGGUUACUCAUCAACAAUCUACUCUUGUCAUUUGGGUGCUACACAACUGACUUGUAGCUUCUCGUCACCAAUUUAAGCCUUUUUUGAUUCAUGGCUACCAACGAGAAUCUUCCUCCAAAUGUAAUCAAACAACUUGCUAGAGAAUUGAAGAAUCUAGAUGAAAUCCCACCAGAAGGAAUCAAAGUAGGAGUGAACGAUGAUGAUUUUUCAACAAUCUAUGCUGAUAUUGAAGGCCCAGCUGGCACUCCAUACGAAAAUGGUGUUUUCCGAAUGAAAUUGAUUCUCAAUCGUGACUUCCCCCACUCACCUCCUAAAGGUUAUUUUUUGACCAAGAUCUUCCAUCCCAAUAUUGCAACUAAUGGUGAGAUAUGUGUCAACACACUGAAAAGAGAUUGGAACCCUAGUCUAGGAUUACGCCAUGUUCUAAUUGUAGUCAGAUGCUUGCUGAUUGAGCCAUUUCCAGAAUCUGCAUUAAAUGAACAGGCUGGCAAAAUGCUGCUUGAGAACUAUGAAGAAUAUGCUAGGCAUGCAAGGUUAUAUACUGGAAUUCAUGCACUGAAGCCAAAACCAAAGUUUAAGACGGGGGCAAUAUCGGAAUCAACCGCUGCUCUAAAUGUUGACCAGACAAACACCUCAGUUUGUAGCGUUGACCCGAAAACCGCUGUCUCUGGAGCUGUAGUGCCGCCUCCUACGCCCUUGGCUCCUUCAUUGAACACCAUGAAAGGGGCAAGUGGUCAGGAACCGCCAACCACCGCCCUGAACUCAAUAGUUGAGAUGGGAGUAAGUAGCGGAUCUGGAGGUGGUGCACCGCCACCAACGGCGGCGGCAGCACAUAAUAAGAAGGAAGGUGGGUUGGCGAAAGCUCAAGGGGGGGACAAGAAGAAGAUUGAUGCUAGAAAGAAAAGUCUGAAAAGAUUGUAAUGUUUUUGUUUGUCUCUUGGUUUUUUAUGUAUGAUUGAAUUUGGUGAAUGCAAUGUGAUUUUCUGGUUUCUAGGGACUUACUUGAUUUUGAUGGAUGGGGAUAUCAUAUCAGCUGUAGAUAUGUUGUUUCCAUAUAUCAUAUGUUGUCGAUAUAUAAAAAUCCAGUUCCUUUUUA